CGUGAAUUCCCGAAAAAUUAGAACGAACGAACGAACGUAGCGUCCAAACGGUCCAGACCGAUAACUCCGAUAUCUAAAAUAAGAAACGCGGACCUUCAAAAUAGGUGUUAAACGUCCAAUUCGAAUAUCGCGGCCGUACAUCGCAACAACCUCACUCGUUUGCAGCUUUAGUUUAAGCGCAUCCGUCCCGUAUACUUGAUUUUUCGUAAUGAAGUGUUUUUUACACCGUGUUCACGUUAAAACAGCAGCCAUUAAAUAGAAAAUCUAGGAUUUAUACAGGAAGUGGAAUUUUAGAACAAAUAAUAAAGACUGAGCACUAAAAAUGGAACAAUUUGAGCAACUUCUUACCUGCGCCAUCUGCCUGGAUCGCUACAGAAAUCCCAAGCUACUACCAUGCCAACAUAGUUUUUGUAUGGAACCCUGUUUGGAAGGUCUAGUCGACUACGUAAGACGUCAGGUGAAAUGUCCAGAAUGUCGCGCAGAACACAGAAUCCCCUAUCAAGGAGUUCAAGGUUUUCCCACCAACGUCACCCUGCAACGAUUUCUCGAACUCCACAUAGAAAUUACAGGAGAGCUGCCGGAUCCUACCAGCGGUCAAGUGAUGGAACGGUGCAAUGUCUGCUCCGAGAAAUCUUACUGUAGUUUUUGUCACCACUGCGACAAGAAAAUCUGUGACGAAUGUAAGGGAGCCCACAUGGAGAUACUACGCAGAGAAAUCAGUAGGAUCAAUAAUCAAAUUCGAAGGGGACUUCAUAGGUUACAAGACAGUCUCAACCUAGUCGAGAAGAAUGUACAGAAUAUUCAAACAAACUGCCUUUCCGUUGGAGAAGAAGUAGAAGAAAUAUAUAGAAGGCUCAACAAGGCUUUGAAAGAUCGUACCGAAUAUUUGCGAAAAGAGAUCGAUCGCUACCUAGGUACCGAAAUGCGGACCUUAACCGGUUUGAAAGAUAACUUAGAACAAGAAAUCUCGAAUAUUCUAAGCAAUUGUGAUCUAGCUGACAAACAUAUGAACGAAAGUGUAGAUAUUUGGGAUGACUGUGAACUAAUGGACGCUAAAGAAAUUUUCCUAAAAACGAUAGAAUUUAUUCGAAAUUUUGAAUAUGAGAAUACUGAUUACACGAGAAAAAUUAGAUUAGUACUAGGGCACGAUCCCAAUCAACUUGUUCUACACGUUGCCGGAUAUGGCGAUUUAAACAUUGCCAGCAGUAGCAGUCCUUUUUCACAAGGUACAAGUACUGGCCUGCUACAACCUCCUGGUCCUGGAUUGAUGAGAUCAAAAAGUGACCACAGACUAGCUUUCCGAAAUCAGGAUCAAGGUUACGAAAGAGGUUACGGCGAUCAGGACCAAGAUAAUGUCCUGAGUGGACGCAAAUUUGGCGAACGCACACAAAAGCCAGAAAAAACUGACAGAUACGGUUCCAGUUAUGGCCGUAGUGGUGCUGAUUACGGUGAUGAUUAUGAUCACGAUCGAUCAGCCAGAUCGAAGUACAGCAGUCGGUUUAGGCGUAGAAAUACUAUGGCCGACGAUGACUCAGAUACCGAAUCAAGGGGAGUACGAUUCCACGAACAACAACACAAAAAUGAAAGAGAACGACCACUAGACACAGAAGAUGUCACCAAAGGCCCCCUCAGUGGAAUCACUAGGUUAGCAGAUUCUCCCCGCGUAAUGAAAAAAUUGCAGGAAAAUCCUACAGGAAAAAAGGAAAAAAAGGAACCUGUCACACCACAACCUCCUAAACAACCGCAAGUCGUUACAAAGAGACCUCCACCGCCCGCCACGCGACAAGUGAGCGAGGAAGAUGAAAUAUCGAAAAUUAAAAAGCAAAACAAGGGGGCCACAACGUCCACAGAAACAGCCCCAGAGACAAGGCCUGCAGAGCGAACAACCACCGAGGAGAGGCUCCCAACUCAGAGGAAACUUAACGCCCCCGAGGCACCGUCCAGUACUGAAGAGUCAGAUGGUACCGCGACCGCGUUUCAACAACAACAACAAAGAAAACAAGCGCAAACAAAACCUGCCCCACCAGCAACGCGCAGGUCUUCUGAUGCAUCGCACAAGAAAACCGCUCGUUCAGCUAGUAGUGACUCGAGCUCUUCAGCUGAAUCGUCCUCUUCGGGAGCAGUACGAAGCACCGGUGCACCUUUUACUACCGAAGAAGUAAAACAGAAAUAUCUGGCUAGAAGUGAAGUGCCAGCCGAAACCCGUAGUAGAACUUCAUCCGCAAGUGCCAAAGAACAACCAAAACCUUUUCAAAGUAGAUUUUUGAACAAGACUUCGACACCGCAGCCUACACCAAAAGACGAAGACGAAGAAAGCGAAACAUCCACCGAAGAAGAAACAGAAACGGAAGAGGAGUCAGACGAACCUUCCAGUAAGAAAACCGAAGAGAAAAUGAUCAAGUCCGACAUCGGGGCUUUGCUCGCUCGCAGCGCUAAUGCUAGGGAUCACGGCCGAAAAGACGGAUCUCCUUUAAAUAGAUCAAAGUACUCGACUCCGGAGGAAAGCGCAAACAGGUAUGGAGGUAGAAGGCGAACGACCACAACCGAUGAGGAACCUCCCCGCUACGGUUACACCAGCAGAUUUUUAAAUAAAAGUAAAAGUUCCGCAGCAAUUCCGCCGGACGAUGAAGAUUACACACCAAAAUAUAGCACCCCGGCUGCUAAUGAUGAAGACAGCAAAUAUCCAAGCAAUAGAUCUCGGUACAUGGCCUUAAAGGAACGCAGACAAAGAUUGGCACGCAGCCGCAGCAGUCAGCAAUUUGGAGAUGAGGAUGACGCAGAAGAUAACGUUGCUACUCCGAUCUCCCCGACCACAUCUAACCCUACGGCGUACUUAGCGUCGCGAGGUUAUGGCACUUCGGCAUCAGCGCAUGAUCUCUCAAGGAGCCGAUCCUCGCACGCCCUUAAAUCUAGGGACAGCUCGCCGGAACGACAGUCCGCUUCGGCUUCGAAUGAAAAGGACGGAGCAGCCCUUAGCUCCUGGGCCCGCUACUUGAAGAACAAGUACGGCAACAGAAGCGGCGGCAAAGAUAAAGAGUCGGCUUCGGGAGGAGGCUCCCAAACGUCCGGAAGUGCAUCGUCGUCGGCUGCGGCGCGCAGGCUCUCCUUGGGCCUGCCGCUGCGCUCUUCCACCGACCUGGCCAGCUCAGACGACGACCAAAAAAACAUGCAAGGCUCCCCCACUACCCAUAUAGCAACUACGGCGGCAGCCGGUAUCGCGGCAGCAGCGGCAGGUACGUCCCCUAGGAGUCAGUACCUGCAGAAAUGCCAACAGCUAUUCCAAAUUGGUAGUAGGGGGAGCGAAGCCGGAUGCUUCACAUGGCCACGAGGCGUCGCCGUCGGGCCAGAUAACUCCAUCGUUGUAGCCGAUUCGUCCAAUCACCGCGUCCAAGUAUUCGACUCGCGCGGUCGAUUCCUGAAGGAAUUCGGCCAGUACGGAAGUGGAGAGGGCGAGUUCGACUGUUUAGCUGGCGUGGCCGUCAACAGGAUCGGCCAGUACAUAAUAGCCGACAGAUAUAAUCAUAGAAUCCAGGUAUUCGAUCCUUCUGGAAGAUUUUUGAGAUCAUUUGGCAGUCAGGGAACUGCGGACGGCCGUUUCAACUAUCCAUGGGGCAUCGCCACGGACGCCUUAGGUUUCAUUUAUGUAUGCGAUAAGGAAAACCACAGAAUCCAGGUCUUCCAAUCAGAUGGAACCUUCGUAGGAAAGUUCGGUGCGAUAGGUAACAAAGAAGGUCAACUGGAACAUCCUCAUUACAUCGCCGUCUCCAACACAAACCGCGUCAUAGUUUCGGAUUCAAACAAUCACAGAAUCCAGAUAUUCGACGUGAAUGGAAAAGUUAUUACGUCGUUCGGGUCAGAAGGAUCAGAAGAAGGUCAAUUCAAAUUCCCGAGAGGUGUGGCCGUAGACGACCAAGGAUACAUUUGCGUGGCUGACUCUGGAAACAACCGAAUCCAGAUUUUCCAUCCAGAUGGUACUUUCCUGAGAGCCCUAGGAUGCUGGGGCUCGCAGAAGGGCGAAUUCAAGGGACUGGAAGGGGUCGCUAUGACACCUGAUGGGCAUAUUCUAGUGUGUGACCGCGAGAAUCAUAGAAUUCAAGUGUUUUAAAUUAAUAAAAAAGAAAAUCUAAUCUAUAUUUGUUUCUAUUUCAAUUAUACCGUGUGUUGUUUAACAAUCAAUAAAUAUAUUUGCAUUUCUUUA